AUGCCGUUGGGCACUUUUGCAUCAUUUUGGUGUCAUUUUUUGGAGGCUGAAUACCGCGGCAGCUUGAUGCCUUGUUUCCCCUGCCCGCUUGGAGAUCGGCAACCCUAUCCCGGAGUCUUCCGGAUUGCAAAACGCCCUUGCUCCGGAGUAAGCACCUUCCGGAUUGCAAAACGCCCUUGCUCCGCAUUGCACGAGAUCCCCUCCUUGCACCCGGCCCGGCUGCCGCGCGGCCUCUCCCGGGGACUGCGCGUUGCAAGCGCCCCCGGCAGCCCUCCCAGCUCCCCCUCCGGCCCCCAUUGCAAGCCCCACCCCGCCGCAGCGAAGGGGCAGGGCCGGCGGCUGCCCACGACGAGGCGGAGCGAGGCCCUUCCGCAGGCGCCAUGGCCGCAGAGCCCCAGGUGGGUUCGAGGACGUCAUGGUUCAUUUCUCCAAGAGGAGUUGGAGAUGCUGGAGAAGCGGCAGCAGGAGCUGUACUUUGAGGUGUUGAUGGAGAAUUAUGAAUCUCUGAUCGCCAUAGGGAAUCCGGUUACCAUCUCUGACGUUAUAGCGUGGUUCAAACAAGAUGAGCGGCAGAACUGCACGGAAAGUCAGGACUCCAGAGCUGGUGAUUCAUCUGCGAAUGGGGGAUUUGAACGAUAUACCGAAACCCCGGAACCUCCCAAGAUUGUAGAUGGCAGCUUUGAGGAAGAGAUGACUGAAAAUGACAAUUUGUGGGGAAACCCUGAGGGCUUGAUUGUGCAUUUCACGCAUCAGGGAAGCCCACGGGGGAAACGAGUGCAUUCCACACCUGGAAAAGGCCGCAGGUGGAUUGGCAAGCUCCACCCAUUCCCAGGACGUAGCCGCAAGCGCCAAAGCCAUAUGACUGUGAGGGGCGUGGCGAUCAGUUGCGGUUAAAAGGGUUCGCCUGGCAUCCACACCAGCAGAAGAAAGGUUGCAUUUCUGUGCAAGCUGUGGGGAGAGCUUCCGCUGGUAUCUCAGCUUCUGCAACACCAGAAAAGCCACGAGAGGCAAAGGUCUGGCCCUGCGCGCAGUGCGACACCACUUUUACGUACCGAAGCGAUCUUGCGAUGCACGAAGAAAGCCAUUUCAACGAAGCCUUGUGUGCGUCUUCUCCGUGCGGGGAGAAUUGCACCUGCAGGUUUUCCUUCCUGCUCCAUUUCGCAUCUCAGUUGAAGAAGAGCACAGAGGAUGGUGGGGCGGAUCCACCGGGAAGGCGAAAAGCGGCACGGAGGAAG